UCACGCAAAACGCACGUUUCUCUCUCCUCCCUCUCUCAGACACACACACUCACUCUCUCUCUCUCACACUACACACUAAGUGAAAACUUUUGUUCUUUUGUUUGGCCUCGAGAACAACUCAUCGUGUCCCAGUGUCUCUUUUUUUGAAAAAAAUCUUGUUUUGGGGUCUUCACAAUGGGUUCGUGUCUUGUUGUUUGAAUGUGGUGUGUGAGUGGAAAUGGCGGACUGUUGUUUAAACCCCCGUUGGUUUUCUCAACAGACAUUUUUAAGGUUUUUGUGCUUUCGUAUGCAUACAUUGGUCUCUGGUUUCUGGGUUUAGUUUUUUGCAUGUUCAAAUCUCGUCAUCUGCUGCCAAUUCCUUUGUAUGAAUGAUCCCCAAGAGUGCGUCAUUCAAAUUUUGUCAUCUGGGCUUGAGUUUUCUUGUUUUAUUUUUUCAUUAAAGGUGCAAUCUUUUGUUUCUUUUUUAAUUUAUUAAUGAAAUUUUGUUAAAGCAAGUUCUGCUAGAGUUUGUUUGAUUUCUUUUCUCUCCUUUGUCUUAUCUGAUUAGUUUGGUAUCUCUGGAUUAGAGAGUACCCUAUCUUAACACAUAAAAAGAAAAAUAAACAGAAAAUUUCAACAAAAGAAUCUUUGGAUAAGGGCAAAAUGAAAAAGGAGGGAUUUUGAUGUACUGAGUGGUUCAUCUCUCUUGGUUUAUGGCGUUUUAGUUCUAGGGUUUGGAGGAAGAUGGGGCUGGGUCUUGAAGCUAUCAGUGGGGGCACUAUGGAUGUCGGAAAUUCAAAAUCAAGGGUGAGGAGAAAAAUACUUAAUGAUGAUGAUGACGAUGAUGCUGGGGAGAGUGGAUGUUGGAUUAAGUUCAGAUUCUUUGGGAGCUGCUUGUCUACAAGGUCCAAAGUUGAUAGCUCUGUUAGUGGGUCUAGUUCACAAUAUGCGGAAAGUAAGUCUACAAAUGACACAAGUAGAGACCAACCAGUUGCUCCAGUUAUAUCAUCUUCAACAACCAGCAAUGCAGAAAGUGUUCCCUCAACUCCUAAAAUAGAAGAGGAGUUGAAAAUAGCUUCUCAGCUUCGGAAGUUCACUUAUAAUGAAUUGAAACUGGCCACGAGGAACUUCAGGCCUGAUAGUCUCCUUGGAGAGGGUGGCUUUGGCUGUGUUUUUAAGGGUUGGGUCAAUGAGAACGGUAGCACACCGGUGAAACCUGGCACAGGGCUUACUGUUGCUGUCAAAACUCUCAAUCACGAUGGACUUCAGGGGCACAGAGAGUGGCUGGCUGAAGUAAAUUAUCUAGGUGAGCUCAUCCAUCCACAUUUGGUUAAGUUGAUCGGCUAUUGCAUCGAGGAUGACCAAAGGCUCCUGGUCUAUGAAUUCAUGCCUCGGGGAAGCUUGGAGAAUCACUUGUUCAAGAGGUCAAUGCCUCUUCCUUGGUCUAUAAGAAUGAAAAUUGCAGUUAGUGCGGCAAAGGGCCUUGCCUUUCUUCAUGAAGAAGCAGAAAGACCAGUUAUAUAUCGAGAUUUUAAAACUUCUAACAUCCUGCUGGAUGCGGAUUACAAUGCAAAGCUUUCUGAUUUUGGACUGGCCAAGGAUGGCCCUGAGGGAGAUAAGACACAUGUAUCAACUCGUGUGAUGGGAACAUAUGGGUAUGCUGCACCUGAGUAUGUGAUGACAGGACAUCUAACUGCUAAGAGUGACGUCUAUAGUUUUGGGGUAGUUCUGCUGGAACUGUUGACAGGACGUAGAUCCAUGGACAAAAGUAGACCGAAUGGUGAACAUAACUUGGUGGAAUGGGCAAGACCAUAUCUAGGAGAAAAAAGAAGGUUCUAUAGGCUAAUUGAUCCUCGUCUAGAAGGUCGCUUCUCAAUAAAAGGUGCGCAACUGGCUGUGCAGUUGGCUGCUCGUUGCCUUAACCGGGAUGCAAAAAUUAGACCUGCAAUGAGUGAAGUUGUUGAGGCCCUUGAACCACUACCUAAUCUAAAGGAUAUGGCGUGUUCGACAUCCUAUUUCCAGGCUAUGCAUGCUGCUCGCGCCAAUACAAGUGCUAGAAAUGGAGUUAGAUUGCAGCCUGGUUUUCUGAAGAAUGGGCAGCCGACGCGAAGCCCUUCCAUGCCUAACCGAUAUCAUGGCUCACCAUACCACCAUAUUCAACCCUUCCAAUCACCUUUAGCUGACAAACCAUAGCUGGAACUUUUGGUUUACUGUUCAUUCUUCCUGAAUCUUUUUGUCUCAUGAGAUUGGUUCUCUCUCAAGGAAUGGUUUUUAUUAUGUAGAGCUGAAUGUUUAGAUUAACUGCAGUUGAGGUGCAGCCUCUUGAGGAGCUGAGCGGAUUUCUGGCCUCGUUUUUUGCUUGCUCGUAAAUGUUGAGAUGGUAAGUUAAAUAGGCAAAAUGAGAGUUGGCUGUCUUGUUUAUAGUCUACUUGAACCUGAAAACUGUGGAUGCUAUAGUUUCUUGGCAUUUCGGCUGAUAGAAAUGGUUUUCCUGCACAUCAAAGUUGCCAUUGAUGUAUAUUACCUUUGUCUUUUACAAGAAAUGUCAAGCGCCUCUAAUUUGUUCGGUUCA